CUUCUACGCUGAGGUCACCAAGUGGGCAGGUGCCGGUUUUGGUCAUCACAUGUGGCCGUCACCUCCCGCCUAUUUGUUCGAUUUGUCCGGACCCGAUUUAACAUCGUGACCUCACCCGAUCAAACUCGCAACAACCACCACCGUAUUCCCAUCAACGCGAAUAGCUUCAUCGCAGCAAGUCAACAGUCCGGCACAGUUCACGCUUCUCUCCAAAAGAAUAUCAAGAUGUCGUACGCCGAAGUCGCGUCCAAAGGACCUAAGCAGACUCCAGAGGAGGCCGCAGCGCCCCAACCGCCCCAAGUCGCCCCCACCACCGCGACAGCCUCGUCAACCGGCUCCCUGGUCGACGUCGACGCCCCCUCGGUGCGCACCGUCCCCUCGGACUUUGCCUCCCAAGAGAUCCAGACCGACACCCAGGCGGCGCGCAUUGAGCGCGAGGAAGAGCUUGUGGAGAUUGCCGAAGAGAAAGCGGAAGCGGAGCGUGCCGAGUCGGAUCUGGCGCGCAAGAGGGCCGCCGCUAAGAAGCCCGCGGCGGCGGCCAAGAAGAAGGUCGUUGCGGGCGUCGAGCAGGCCGAGGGGUGGUUUGCAAGGCAGUUUGGGACUAUCUCGGAGGGCGGCGCGGCCGGUGGCGUGGCGCUGGUGAAUAUGCUGGCCGUGGUUGGACUGAGUGGAUGGCUGGGGUACAGGGCAUGGGGGUUGUAUGAUCGCGGCAGGCUGGGGUGGAGGGAGGUUGGGCUUGGGCUGGGUGUCCUCGGGGCUGUUGGGGCGGUGGAGGGGGUUUUGGUGAACUACUUCUCCCGGGCCAAGGCGAGUGAGCAAUGAGCGGUGCGUUACUGACAUAUGGGGCAGCUCGAACAGAGUCCCUCUAAGAUGGAUGGCACAAAGAUUGGCGACGGCGUGGUCACAGGGUCUUGACAAGGGCGGGCGAUGGAAUUCCUCCUCUCCGGCAGCCUUUCAGUUUUCUUUCCCGUUGUCUUUGCGUCGGCCUGUGUAUAAUCCCAUAAUCCAUAUCUCUUCUUAACUUGUCACUGUUAAUUUCGC